UAACCCAAAAAUUGAGACAUUCAGAAGCUCAUCAAAAAGUACUAAAAUACUGUGUUCAUAUACAUUUAAAUAACUCAGCUGAGCAGAAAAUGAGGUUAAGAGAUGAAAAUAAAUUAUGAAUUAAAAAACUAGGUUUCCUCAAAGGUAAAACAAAUUAGAAAAGAUCUGAAAAGUGCUGACUUUAGAUUAAACGCAGGUCAAAUGAGAAAAAAAAUUUCAGAUGGUGCAUGAAAAUUUGAAGUUCUCAGUAAAGGUUGAUAAGCUGUAGGAGUGAGAAUAAUUAGACCGACAAAAUGUUUUAGAAUGCAUCAAGAUUGCUUUCAGUAUCAACAACCAAGAAAUUCAGGAUGCAUCCUCUCCUGAAGCAGGCAGAGAAGGUUGAAAGCUGGCUUCAAUAUAUUUUUGAACUUGUUAGUAGGAAUGAGAAUUUGACAACAAUCAUAAGUUGUAUAGUAAUAGUUUACCAGAGCGACAAAGUAUGGCGGAGUGGAAUUUUCAGUUUCCCUGGUUUUCUUUUCGCAUGGCCGCUUGCAAACCUUUUUCACUAUUCACUCAAUCAACAGUGUUGCCCAAAUAGUCUCAGGCUUAACUUCACUUUUACGCUUAUUUACACUUUCAUAAUUCUUUCGUCAUCUACAAAUUCUUGGUUGUAUCUGCAAGAACUCUUUUACCACAAGCUGCAAGCAUUCACAAUUGAGGGCCAGCUGUCUCAAAUUAACUAUUAUGAUCCACAUUACUGGAUUCUGCGACUGCAGUUGAUGACUAGCACGUCACCAACAUUUUUCCUCACAGAACAGACAGCAGCAAGAAUAAGCACUGCUGUCAGCACCCUGUUUGCCUUUAUUUUUUUGAUUGGUCUACGUUUCUAUCAUGGCUUGUCAAUAGAGCGAAUUCCUUUUUACGAAGCAACGCCUGAAAGUGUGUUUGAACUGGAAAAUUGUAUGGGUGAUUGCUUGAUAAACAAACGCAGCAUGAAAGUCCGGCAGAAACAUAGAAACAGUCUAACCACCAAUCGAAGCAAAUCAAUGAGAAACAAAAUUUUGACAGUAACAUUAAAAAUGGAUGCCUUCAUGCAAAAUAAGCCCAUCUACAAUGGAAGAUUUAAGAAAAAACUUAUCUGCUGAUUGGAUAGAUCAGAUUUUAAGAUUGGAGCUCAGAAACUGGUUCAGAGUUAGUUUUCUGCACAAAGACUUCCAUGAGCAGAGGACGAUGAUCCGAAAAAACAUGAAUCAGCUUUAAGGUGGUAGAGUUUUCCUCAAAAAUCUCAUAAGGUUAUGCUCGUUUUACAUAGUGCUGCUUCAGGUGGAAAUUAAUUAUGCAAAA